CGCUCUCCCGCUCCGCUGGAGGCCUCCGAGGCCCCGGAGCCACCGGGCAGAGUCGGAUGGCUCAGCCAGCCCCACUUCCUCCUUGGAAUUGUCCUGCUUUCUUUGAACGGAUGAGUCUUUCUCUUAUUGAUGAAGCAUUUACAAAUGAGUUAGAGGUUCUGAUGGCUGGGUGAAGAGAGGAAAACGGCAGAAAGGCUGAAGCGCUGUGAUACUGUAAUCACUUUUGGUGACUGUCUCCUCUUUAUGCAAUGUAUCAGUCCAUAUCUGAAACUAGACAUCCUCUGCAGUCAGAAGAACAGGAAGUAGGCAUUGACCCCUUGUCCAGCUAUUCACAUAAGACUGGAGGAAAUCCAAGUCAAAAUGGGAAAAGAACAAAUUCUACCUUAGACUCUGAAGGAACCUUUAAUUCAUAUAUGAAAGAAUGGGAAGAACUAUUUGUAAACAACAAUUACUUGGCAACAAUAAGACAGAAGGGGAUUAAUGGGCAGCUGAGAAGCAGCAGGUUCCGCAGCAUCUGCUGGAAGCUCUUUCUUUGUGUUCUUCCUCAAGACAAAAGUCAAUGGAUAAGUAGAAUUGAAGAACUAAGAGCAUGGUAUAGCAGUAUUAAAGAAAUACAUAUCACUAAUCCGAGGAAAGCUGUUGGCCAGCAGGAUCUGAUGAUCAACAAUCCCCUUUCACAAGAUGAAGGAAGCCUUUGGAACAAGUUCUUCCAGGAUAAAGAAUUGCGGUCCAUGAUUGAGCAGGACGUCAAAAGAACAUUUCCUGAAAUGCAGUUUUUCCAACAAGAAAAUGUGAGAAAAAUUCUUACAGAUGUUCUGUUUUGUUAUGCUAGAGAAAACGAGCAGUUGCUUUAUAAACAGGGUAUGCAUGAGCUGCUAGCACCUAUCAUCUUUGUUCUUCACUGUGACCACCAAGCUUUUCUACACGCUAGUGAGUCUGCACAGCCCAGUGAGGAAAUGAAAACUCUAUUGAACCCUGAGUUUCUGGAGCAUGAUGCCUACGCAAUGUUCUCACAGCUUAUGGAAACUGCUGAACCUUGGUUUUCUACUUUUGAGCAUGAUGGUCAAAAGGGAAAAGACUCUCUGAUGACACCCAUCCCCUUUGCUAGACCACAGGAUUUAGGGCCAACAGUUGCCAUUGUUACUAAAGUCAACCAGAUCCAGGAUCACCUACUGAAGAAGCAUGAUAUUGAGCUCUACAUGCACUUGAACAGACUAGAAAUUGCACCACAAAUAUAUGGGUUGCGAUGGGUGCGGCUGCUGUUUGGGAGGGAGUUUCCACUACAGGAUCUGCUGGUGAUCUGGGAUGCCUUGUUUGCAGACGGCCUCAGCCUGAGCUUAGUAGAUUAUGUCUUCAUAGCCAUGCUACUCUAUAUCCGAGAUGCUUUAAUUUCUAGUAACUACCAGACCUGCCUCGGCCUUCUGAUGCAUUAUCCACUCAUCGGAGACAUACACUCACUGAUCCUUAAAGCUCUGUUCCUUAGAGACCCAAAGAGAAAUCCAAGGCCUGUAACUUAUCAGUUCCACCCCAAUUUAGAUUACUACAAGGCACGGGGAGCAGACCUUAUGAAUAAAAGCCGGACCAAUGCCAGAGGUGCUCCCCUGAAUAUACACAAGGUCUCCACCAGCCUGAUUAACUUUGGAAGAAAGUUGAUUUCCCCAGCCUCGGUUCCAGGCAGUAUGGGUGGCCCUGUGCCCGGGAGCAACAGCAGCAGCUCUUUCUUUGCUGCCAUCCCCACCUCUGAGGAAGCCCCAAGGCAUCAUGUGCAGCAGCAGCGGCAGCAGCAGCGGCAGCAACAGCAGCAGCAACAGCAGCAGCGGCAGCAACAGCAGCAGCAACAGCAGCAGCGGCUGAUGAAAUCUGAAAGCAUGCCUGUACAGUUGAACAAAGGCGACGUAGUUACAGGAAGCAGUGCUCAGAUCUCUGUUCCUGUCCAGGCUCUAACUGACCUCCAAGGGCAAAAUUCUAAGAUCAUCAGUCCAACCUCAAGCAUCGAGAGUUUGCCUGGGGGAAGAGAGUCCUCUGGCUCCCCACCUUCAUCAGCUUCUAAAAAGGAUUCCUUUUUCAGCAGCCUCGCACGUUCCCGCUCACACAGCAGAACUAUAGGGAGAAAAGAGUCUGAAGAGGAAUUGGAAGCCCAGAUUUCCUUCCUCCAAGGACAGCUGAAUGACCUAGAUGCUAUGUGCAAGUACUGUGCCAAGGUCAUGGACAUGCAUCUUGUUAAUAUUCAAGAUGUGGUAUUACAAGAGAAUUUGGAAAAAGAAGAUCAAAUUCUGGUUUCCUUGGCAGGUUUAAAACAGAUCAAAGACAUUCUGAAAGGUUCCCUGCGCUUCAACCAGAGCCAACUGGAGGCUGAGGGGAAUGAGCAGAUUACCAUCGCGGAUGAUCACUACUGCUCCAGCGGCCAGGACCAGAGCCACCAAGUUCCUAGGGCCACCAAGCAGACCCCUUCAGAGACGCCGGGCUGCACAGGUGGAGGGACCCCCGAUGACUUCAUUCUGGUUAACAAAGAAGAUGAGGGGCGCAGUGCCAGGGGGGCGUUCUCAGGCCAGUCUCAGCCUCUUCUCGCCCUCAGAAGCACAUCUGGGAGGAGCAGAGCAGCCUGCUCCCCACUGGUAUUCUCAGACCCCUUGAUGGGCCCAGCCUCAGCCUCCUCCAGCAACCCCAGCUCCAGCCCUGAUGACGACAGCAGCAAAGACUCUGGCUUUACCAUCGUCAGCCCCCUGGACAUCUGAACACAGGGACCCGACUAGUGGAGACCCUGCUGCUGAACUAACUUUUUUUUCCCAGCAUGCAUUUUGGCACUGGCACAAGCCAUCCUUUAACAAGAGGUUUCCACUUUUCGUGCCCUAUGUUCACCAGAAGUGCAGGUAGAGCUUUCCACCUGACCCCGUGCCCCUUGCUCUGAGCUAGGGCGAAGUCAGGCACCCAGCUCUGUGCCCACUGUCAGACAGACCACAGUCGUACCACCGUCUUCCAUCCUCCUCCCCAGCAGCUCUUUGGGCUGCACCUAGCAGGAGGAGCUGCUUUCAGGACUUCUUGUUAGCAAGGCUUCCGCGAUCUGGCAGCCAGCCUCCCUGCUGCCUUCAGAAGCCCUGCUGCACUCAGCGUGAACUGGAGAAGCAGGGGCUCAGAUUAGGACUCAGAUUCUGGUUUGAUUAGAGUACAUUUCCAGGCCCUGUGCUGAAUAAACUUCAGCCUCCACUGUUCUCCCUGAACCACAUUUCACCUUCUAGAAUCUCCACAUGAAGCAUGAGGCGCUGUAAACUACGGUGGCCUCUUACAAUGAGCAACAUAAACGGAAACCACAUUUCCACCACCAAGAGCCAAACCCCCACUGGGAAUUAGCUUUGGAGUCCCUUCUGUGGGAGCAGGCUUCCCAAAAAACAUUCCAGGUGCCAGAAGAGUACAGGGCCCCUACUCAGCCCGCCCCCACUCUGACACUCAGCUGUAAAGUCAUCCGGGUACUGCUUCAAGGAUGGUUCUGCAUGCCCUGUGCCCCUGCCUGGGCUGCCACAGGUGUGCCACCUCCUCUGCUGGCAGAGUCAGAGCUGUGCCGGGCACUCUUUCCUGCAAGGAGACGGGCUUUCUGUGCCCAAGCUGGCACUCCACUGGGGACAGUGGGGACUGUUGGCAGAUGUAGCACCUGCUACACUUGCCUUGUGUCCCUCUCCGCAGAGGGCAGCAGCCUCUGGGCAGUGUCCCCCUCCUUCCCAGCACUGCCUUUCUCUGCAGACAAGUACAGUGAUGUGUGAUGCUCCUCCAUCUUGGAAACAGGGACACUAAAGUCCUCCCCUAUGAGGACUUCUUAGCUGUACUAGAUGGCAGGGCUCGGCCGGUGCCCGAUGAGCUCUGCCCCUGCCUCGGCCUCUAAGGAGGCUAGUUCCAUGUCCCAUGAAGACAUAAGAACCAGGGCCACCACAUGGUGGGCAUCCAUCCUCCGAGGGAAGGUUGCCAUCAGCCACUUCACAGAGGCAUCCGUACCCUUAUACCUAAGGAAGUAUUUACUCACCCCUCCAGGCCUGGUCCAGUGCUGGCCAUGUCUGUCCCAGCUGAGACACUGUCCCCAACAUUCUCUUGGCUUUGAGAAGAAGGGUCAUAGCUGAGUGUUAUUGUCUAUCCAUGGAGCCAAGAAGGUGACAGGUGAUUCCCUGCCGUUUGAAUGGGCAUUUCACAGUCUUUAACCUACCUGCCCUGCCCGUGCCCCAUCCUGUGCUGUGUGAGUGCCCCGUGAGAGCUCCUGGGUUCACACGGAGAUGUUUCUGUGGUCCCCAGUUAGCCCGCUUUUCUGCUUGGAGAGUGCUGUGUUUACUAGGUGACUUCACUCUUCCUGUUGAACAUUGCUUCCCUUUCUGUCCCCGACAUUGCUAGUGCAGAUUGUGUUCCUCCCCUGUGCGUUAUCAGGUACUCUGUCUAACUGCACAUUUUAAAACCCUGGAUAUUGAACUUUUUUCUUUAGCCACAUGGUAAUCAUCUGUUCUGAUCGCUCACAUUUUGAUUGUAGCAGCUAAAUACACACACACACAUAUAUAUAUAUAUAUAUAUAUAUAUAUAUAUAUAUAUAUACGCCAAGCUUAGAUUACUCCCCAUUGUCAUUUACUUUUUGAAACAUGCCUCUGUUUCACGCAAUCCUCUCUGAUCAGAUUGGAAUUGUGAGAUAAAACAUUCCUGUGUGCUCCAGAGGGUCACAGACUUGCCUUGUCUUACAGGUUUGCUGUGGCCGUGGGGUCUUCCUGGUUUAUUUCCUCAAAGAUGACCUGCUGUUCUGCGCUAACUGCAGCUUGAAAAGAAAAGAAAUGACCACAGUGCCAAAUAAGUAUAGCUCUAGAGCAUAGCCUCUCCCUGGGACUUGCCUCCUCCCAUGUGUAGGGAUGGCUAUGCUGGACGAGAAUGUAGGAGCUGCCUUUAGUGGCAGGAGAGCUAAA